CGUCAGCUCCCAGUGAAGGAGGGCAGCUCCAGGCAAACCCCACCUCCCCUUCCCCACCCACCCACCCCACCCCCCCUCCUCAACCCCAGUGCCUGCAGCAAAGGACAGAGGGGUCUCUGUAACCGAGAGAGAGAGAGAGAUUGUGAGAGAGGUGGAGAGAUUGUGUGUGUGUGAGAGAGAGAGAGAUCGAGAGAACGAGAGAGAGAGAGGGAGUGGAACAGAGAUAGGGAGAGAUUGAGACAGAGUGAGCGUGUGGAAUAGAUAAAAGGGAGAGAUUGAUUGUGUGAGGGAGGAAGGCAGAUUGAGAGAGUGGAAAGGCGAGAGAGAGAGAGAGAGUGGAAGAGAUAAAAUAGGGAGUCAGAUUGAGAGAGAGAGAGUGUGAGAAAAAGAGAGAGAGAGACGGAGUGUGUGAGAGAAAGAGAGACAGCCAUUUGGUAGACGGCAUCUUCUAGAAACGGCAGCCUUCCUGCCUCUGUCCCCCCCACCGUCCCCCCUGCCCUUUAUCCAGGGCAGCCCCAGAAGAUCCUGACCACACCACUGCCUUUGGUCUGCCCUCCAAUCUCCCGGUGCCAUUGUCCGUGUCCGUCUCAUCAUUGAAGAGGAGAAUGCCUAAAGGGGAUACCCCGGUGAACAGCACAAUGAGUAUUGCACAGGCCCGGAAACUGGUGGAGCAGCUGAAAAUCGAAGCCAGCAUGUACAGGAUCAAGGUUUCGAAAACAGCAGCUGACCUGAUGGCGUACUGUGAUGCCCACUCCUGUGAGGACCCUCUGAUCACCCCCGUGCCAACCUCCGAGAACCCCUUUCGAGAGAAGAAAUUCUUCUGCGCCCUCCUCUGAGGGGGGGGGAGC